UUGAACCGUUAUGACGUCAUGCGACCAGUCAAUGUAAACCGGUUUCUAGGCCGCCAUCUUUGUCAGUAACCAAUCUACAGAGUAAAAUCCAUUUCCAUCGGGCACAAAAUAGCUCCUAUAAGCGGUCAAAAAUUUUAUUUAGCCUCUUUUAAGAUUACUUGAGUUAUUUAGGGAAUGGCAGAACCGGAGAAGUUAAAUGUUGAUAGUAUAAUAUCUCGUCUUUUAGAAGUUCGAGGCUCGCGGCCAGGAAAGAAUGUACAACUCACAGAAGCAGAAAUUCGUGGACUGUGUUUAAAAUCUCGAGAAAUAUUCCUUAGUCAACCAAUCUUAUUAGAACUAGAAGCACCGCUCAAAAUCUGUGGAGAUAUCCACGGCCAGUAUUAUGAUCUGCUAAGGUUGUUUGAAUAUGGUGGUUUCCCUCCCGAAUCGAACUACCUCUUUCUUGGAGAUUAUGUCGAUCGAGGCAAGCAGUCGCUGGAAACGAUAUGUCUCUUGCUAGCCUACAAAAUCAAAUACCCGGAGAACUUCUUUCUCCUCCGAGGAAACCACGAAUGCGCUAGCAUAAACCGAAUUUAUGGAUUCUACGACGAAUGUAAAAGGCGAUAUAAUAUAAAGUUAUGGAAGACUUUUACAGACUGUUUCAAUUGCUUGCCUGUCGCUGCCAUCUUAGAUGAAAAAAUAUUUUGCUGUCAUGGAGGCCUUUCCCCCGAUCUCCAAUCGAUGGAACAGAUUCGAAGGAUUAUGCGACCGACAGAUGUACCCGAUCAAGGAUUGCUCUGUGAUCUGCUGUGGUCUGACCCAGACAAGGACGUUCAAGGAUGGGGGGAGAACGACAGGGGUGUGUCAUUCACCUUUGGACCAGACAUUGUAGCAAAGUUUCUCCACAAGCAUGACCUAGACCUAAUAUGUAGAGCACAUCAGGUUGUUGAAGAUGGCUACGAGUUCUUCGCCAAGAGACAGUUGGUGACACUCUUCUCAGCUCCCAAUUAUUGUGGAGAGUUUGAUAAUGCAGGUGCCAUGAUGAGCGUUGACGAGACACUCAUGUGCUCUUUCCAGAUUUUAAAGCCAGCUGACAAAAAGAAGUUCCCAUAUGGAGGGCUUAACUCUGGUCGCCCCGUCACCCCUCCCCGAGGCCAGCAACAAAAGGCCAAGAAGAAAUAGAUUUACACAAUGUUACUCCAAGCUCCCUACUUAAUGUAAUAUAUACAGUCUGUUUUGUAGUGUACACCAGGUUACACUCCUGCCUAGAAUUGCAUGACACAAUGUACAUUUUUGACUGUCAUAAUAUUGGACUGUGCACUCUACCUGAUGACGCGGAUAUAUCCAUUCAUAUCACUACCAAACUCUGGUUAUCAAGUUUUAUUAGGUAGUAGGGGUGGGGAAGAUAAAGAGAUAGGGCUGUAUGUAUAUUGAUGGCUAUGCAUUGAGAUGUAUAAAUAUAAGUAGUAUUUUGUGAACCAAAUUGUUCCGUGUGGUUUUUAUAAUGCCACUUCAUAUCUGCUUAACUUUUGGUUUUCAAAGUAUUUGUAUUCAAAGUAGUAGUUUAAUUAAAUGAAGACAUAGUCUAAUGUUGAUUGGAUUUAGAAGGGAUUUCUUGAGUGUACAAAGGCAUCGCUGUUUUGUGAUGUUUAACUUUUAUCAAUUUUGAUUCACAAAAUACUCUAUGGAUGACACCGUUUUGUUUUACAAAUUACUAGCUUUCAGGAAAAUAGCAUUCAAAGAUUAACAGUUUCUAUUCCAAACUACUUUAUUCAAUAGUUUCCUAGAAUAGUUUUACAUAUAACUAAAUAAUGAACUGUUAAUUUUUAAAUUCUGUUACAUGACAACCUUGUAAUAUAUCAUUAAUAUGUACUUGUAAAGAUGUUCAUUUAUGUGCAAGAAUUUUGUUUUAUUUUAUGACAUUAUUAAAACUAUCAAAAAUACGAA